CAGCCACUUCCAGCUGUAUAAAAGGCAACGAGAGCUCUCAUUUGUCCUCUGGUUGUUGUGAGGGAGAGAAGAUAUUGUGAGUGAAGGUCGUUUUCUUCUUUCGCUUGGAGGAAGAAGAGAACGACUCGCCGUGAAAUUUACUGACGGUAUUCUGCGCCGAUCGUCGCCGGCUACCCGAUCUCCUCGCAACCAUGACAACUUCAAAGCGUCUUGCGGACAGGAAGGUGGAGAAGUUUGAGAAGAACAUUACCAAGAGAGGAGCUGUGCCUGAAACAGCUACUAAGAAGGGAAAAGACUACCCUGUGGGGCCUAUUCUUCUUGGAUUUUUCGUAUUUGUUGUCAUUGGUUCAUCUCUAUUUCAGAUAAUCAGGACAGCUACAAGUGCAGGCAUGGCAUAGACAACCAGAACUUCUAUAAUGAUAUGAGAUGGCUGCCGGCCUAACCCUCUGUAGUGUGUGUGUGUGUGUUUUUAAACUGUGUUAGCCCCACAAUUAGGAAUUUGUAAUAGUGUUUUGCGUAAUUGUGACCGACUGAUUUUGAAUAAAUGAGACGCCUUCUCUA